UAUUAGAGUAUUAGUAGCACUUAUUAAAGCAAUUGAAAGCAGCCAAAACAUUUCCUUAUCUCUUACCCCUCUUCUUCAACCACCUCUUUCUCUAUCCUAGAAACCCGAAACCCAAGACCAAAGAGAUGACAAUGACAAUGACAAUGUCCCUCCUUUCUUCUCCUUCUCAAAACCACCUCCUCUUGAAACCUGCUCACAAUCCACUCUACACUGCUUCUGCCACAAAGCCUCUCAAUUCUCCUCUACCAAAGAAGUGCUCUAGUACUACUACUACUACUAGAGCACUUCUCUCCUCUACCAAAGAAGCCGUCUUGAAGGAUUUUCGCCACCAACGAGCUCUCAAGAUUAUUUCGGGUUUGCAGAAUUUGGACAGGAACAAUGUGGCUUCUGUUGUAACUGCUGCGGACAAGGGAGGAGCAACUCAUGUUGAUAUCGCCUGUGAUCCUGAGUUGGUGAAGCUUGCUAUUAGCUUGACAUCCCUUCCGGUGUGUGUUUCAUCUGUGGAUCCCUCAGCAUUCUUAGCUGCCGUACAAGCUGGUGCAACUAUGGUGGAAAUCGGAAAUUAUGACUCGUUCUAUGAGAUGGGAAGAUUUUUCUCAGCAGAAGAGAUUUUGAAGCUGACAAGGGAAACAAAACAGAUCCUCCCAGAUAUUACACUGUCAGUCACUGUGCCUCACACCCUAAGCCUCCCCGAGCAGGGCAGGCUAGCAGAGCUCCUGCAACGCGAAGGUGUCGAUGUUAUCCAAACUGAAGGAGGGAAAUGUUCAACCCCUUCAAAGCCUGGAGUUCUGGGUUUGAUUGAGAAGGCAGCACCCACGUUAGCAGCGGCAUAUUCAAUUUCCCGAGCAGUUACAAUCCCAGUUAUGUGCUCUUCAGGUUUAAGUGCUGUUACAGCUCCAAUGGCUAUCACAGCAGGGGCUGCUGGUGUUGGUGUUGGCUCUGCAGUUAACAAGCUUAAUGAUGUAGUGGCAAUGAUUGCUGAGGUCCGAAGCCUUGCUGAUGCGCUCGCCAUUUCUCAAAAACAAGCCAAUAUGGAUCAAGAGAAAACUCUUAGGUGGCUGUAAUUAGCAUUGCCAUAUCAUCAGCGUGAUAGAGACUAAAAGCGAGGCCAAAAAAGAGACAUAGCCUAGCAACUCUGGUCAUAUGUAGAAACGUUCAAACUUAUGCAUGUACUAGAGAUCAGAGAAAAACCAUAACUCACAUUUCAUGCUCCAAGAGACCAGAACUGUUAGAAAUGGUUUUCACUAUUAGUCCAGGUGAUAAAAGAGGGUGUAUGAAUAAAAGUGUUUCUGUAGACUCAGGUUUUUUAUCAAUGCGAAGACGAUUAAAAUCAA